AUGGUGAUGCGGGAUAGGCGAGCGGCCGCGUCUGUGGCCGUGCGGGCGCGGCGUCCGCAGCGACGGCGACCAGCAUGGUGCGGUACACGGGACAGAGAGGAGGGGAGUGGAGGCCGGGGGCCUCACCGGCGGCUGCAGGGGAUUGGCAGUGGGCUCGAGCUCGAGGGGGAGGACGGGGACGGCCGCGUCAACGGAGACGACGAGGGCGAUGGAGUCCGGCGAGGAGGAGUCGACGAGGACGACGAGAAGGCGACGAUGACGGUGGGCGGCUCCGGCGAAGCAGUGGCGGGACGAGGUAGUCCGGCGUGGAGGCGGGGACGGGUCGGCGUUCCGGGCAGCGGUGGACGGCGAAGGAUGACGACGAGGUCGAGGGGCUUCGGGGGCGACGGGGUCACCGGGAUCGGGGGAGGCGAGCGCCCCGAUCCAGAUCGGGUCCUCGGGUGGGGGAAGAGAGCGAGGGGAGAGUGGGGAGAGCGAUGGGGUCGUGCGCCCUCUCCUGUGACGGCGCUGGAGGGAGAGGGUGGGGAACGUGGGGGAAGUGGGGUGGGGCUCUAG